GGGACAGGAAAAGCAGGGGGAGCAGAGAGGGAAGCAGGAUUAGCUUUAAAUACCGCCAACAGGGUUGAGAGCCGCAGCCUAGACUGGCAGGAGACGCCUAGAGAACUACUCAGAGCAAGGUUACUUCUGUCAUUUUUUUCCCUCCUCUUCUCUGCAAAGGAAAAAAAUGGACUCAGCUAAAGUAUACGGAAUCUUGGCAACCAGCUUCCUCCUCCUCAUGAUGCUGGGGGACCCCACAACGGCCUGCUCCUGUGCUCCUAGACACCCCCAGUCUGCAUACUGCAAUGCUGACAUUGUGAUCAAGGCCAAAUUUGUGGGUGUCACCAAAGAGCUUGUAAACAUCUCCAUAGGAGAACCUGUGUGGUGGAUGCGCCAUGAGAUCAAAACCACCAAGGUAUACAAGGCUCCUGCACAUAUGCAAGAUGUUCAAUUCCUCUACACCCCUGCCAUGGAAAGCGUCUGUGGAUAUGAACACAAGGGUACUCUCAAAGGAGAAGAAUAUAUCAUUACAGGGAUGUUAGAAGGCGACCGUGUCAUGAUAACAGCUUGCUCCUUCAUCCAGCCAUGGGCUCAGCUCUCUGUUGCACAGAAACGAGGCCUGAGUUCAGAGUACAGCAAGGGCUGCAACUGCACAGUUGUGCCCUGCAUUGCCAUGCCAUGCUUUGUCUCCUCCAACAAUCAGUGCCUGUGGACAGAUGGGAUCAUAUCCCGGAUAUGGGAUGACUUCCAGGCCAAACGUUUGGCUUGCCUGUCCCAAUCUGAAAGCCCUAGCCUCUGCACCUGGCAGUCCUUGAGCAUCCAAGAACCUGGGUCCCUUCGUAGGGCUCGCCUGAGGCAGUGACAUCUUCAUGGACUCUGAUGCUCCUCCCCAUGAAUACCCACUUCCCCAUCAACUCUUGUAUCUGGGUUGUCUCUUUUCUAAUAAACACUAGUUUGAAACUUG